UUUUUAUAAAAAAAUUAUCAAAUGGCAGGUUUCUAACUGUAGUAAUCUGUCAUUUUUUUUAAAUUUUACAUUCUUCGGGAAAGUUUUGUUAUGCGAAGCUCAAGAUAUUUACCAGUGUUGCUAUUACAAAAUGCACUUUUAUUUAUUGAUAUCCUUUUGAAUGCUUUCGGUGAUUUCGGUAGAUCUGAAUUUGUUAUUUUACUUGUGCUAUCAGUUGUUCAAGACAUAGGAAUCAUAUGCAAUGUCAUAAUUUUAUUUUUGAUGUUUGCUAACACAUACGUAUUUCGUGCUGGGUUGUUAGGAAUACUGAUUUCUAGAUAUCGUUUUACAUUAAUUACAUGUUUCGUUUACCUGGCAAUAACAAUAGCUUGGCAUUUUUGGAACCUUAAACUCAUUUGGGAUAAUCCAUAUGCGUAUAACUGGACUACAUAUUUGCUUGUUUUGUUUAUAUUACAAAAAAGUUGUGCAGUAUUUUAUUACUACUUUUAUAAAAGAACUUCUCUGCUAAUUGUUGACCCAUGUUUUUAUGACGACAGUGAGUGGCUAAAAUUGAAAAUUUCUAAAGAACAAAGAGCAUGAACUUGAAACAAUUCUACAUGAACUAAAUACAAUCAAACCAAAUGCUAAAGUUUAUAGACAACUUCCCAAUUCAAAUAUAUUCUUCAGAGCUAAAGUAGACACAAUAAAAUCAGAAACCCAUAAUGAGUUGGAUAAACUACUCAAGAAAGAAGACAAAUGAUACUUUCAUAACAAUUUUAUGAUGUAUAUAUUUUUGCAUUGUUACAAAUAAAGACAUCAUCUUUUUAUAAAA